AUGGGAAUCGAAACGGAAACGUUCCCAGGAGUAAAAAGAGAGGUCAAUGAGACUACAGGUUGUGAGGAAGGUUAUUUCUCAUGUGCGAAUGGAGGCUGUUGUCCUUAUAAUACCAAAUGUUACGGCACGAGAUUGUGUAAAUUAUUAUAUUGUACUGCGGAAGAUGUAGUUUGUGAUGAAAAUUGGUGUUGUUCUCCAAACCAAUAUUGUGUACUCGAAAACAAUGGUGAUUAUGGUUGUAUGAACACUACUACUUCUACAGAUGAUUCUACUAAUACUGGUGUUUCUCCUGGUUCUACUACCGGUGGCUCUCCUGGUGCUACUACUACUGGUGGCACUACUAAUAAUUUCGCUUUUGCUUCGAGCAAUCCUGCAAAAUGGAAAAGAGGAAUAUCAUUCCUGGAAGAAAAAUCACGUGAUUUUAUAACUUGUCAUGAGUACGGUCAUUAUUUAUGUUCGAGUGGAUUAGGAUGUUGUCCUAUAGGCGAAUAUUGUGGAAGCGAUGGUUAUUGCUCCACCAUAUUUAAACGGGCCAAAGGUGGUAAGAAAAAUGAUAAUGACAGUUAG